AUGCUUAGGGUAGUGCUCAGAUCGGCGGCCAAUGCCAGAAGAUUCUCCGUAUGGCAACCUCUUGCCAAUGCUCAGGUGUUCAAGAUGCCUGCCAUGUCUCCAACCAUGACCGAGGGAGGAAUCGUGGCGUGGAAACUCAAAGCGGGCGACGAGUUUGCCUCCGGUGACGUUUUGCUCGAGGUCGAGACCGAUAAGGCCACCAUUGAUGUGGAGGCCCUGGACGACGGUAUAAUGUGGGAGAUCUUGGAGCAAGACGGUGCCAGUGGAAUUUCUGUGGGCAAGCCCAUUGCUUUGUUGGCCGAGCCUGGCGAUGACUUGAGCUCGUUGAAGAGACCAGACUUGGAGACUGCUGAGGCUCCAAAGGAAGAACCAAAGAAGGAGGAACCAAAAAAGGAGCAGCCAAAGAAGGAAGAACCAAAGAAGGAGCAGCCAAAGAAACUAGACGCUUCUGCCUCUAAAGAUCUCGUCACCAAAGCUAACCCAGACAAGGUGUUGACCCCUGCUGUGCAGUUCUUGUUGCACUCCAAUCACAUCUCCGAUGAGGAUGCCUACGCCAAGAUCCCUGCGUCUGGUCCUCAAGGUAGAAUCUUAAAGGGUGAUGUUCUUGCAUACUUGGGCCGCAUCGAGACGGCGGCCAUCUCCAAGGUUGCAUCUUACAUCAAGAGUAAGGAGCACUUGGACCUUUCCAACAUUAAAAUCGCUCCUCCAAAGGCUGCUGAGCCAGCUAAGACUGAAGCUCCCGCCAAGGAGGUUGCUAAACCAACUCACAUUGUCUCCAUGGAGCUCGUAUUGGACUCCGAGGAAGAAAUUUGCCAACAAAGCUUCAAGCACGCAUUCUCCCUGGCUUUGGAGGAGGCUAAGCGUGACGCAUAUGCUGCCAGAUUCCCCAACUACGCUCUGUCACCCACAUCUAACGGCUUGUUCGCUGAGGAUAUCUUCGACGACUUGCUCGUAUCUCCAGUCACUAAGGACAGACUCCAAGUCCUCAAGGUGGACUUUAAGUUUUCUGGCGCCAACAAGCCUUCUGCCGCCACAGCUGCUGAUAUCUUUGACGAGCUUCUAGGCGCUGCUCCAAAGGCUGUUGUGCCUUCUACUCCUAAGUCAUCGCAGGUGUCUGUUGUUGUUGAUGUGAAGUACGACUCGAAAUUGGCCGACUCAAAGCAAUUUUUGGAGCGGUUCCAGGACGGUUUGCGCGAGGUGUUUCCAUGGAAGCAAGUUGUGAUCCGUGAAUAG